CCCAGUGCCGAGCACUUGGCCCUGGCAAACGCCCCAAGAUUGUUGUGAGGAGUCUAGCCAGUUGGUGAGCGCUGUAAUCUGAACCAGCUGUGUCCAGACCGAGGCCCCAUUUGCAUUGUUUAACAUACUUAGAAAAUGAAGUGUUCAUUUUUAACAUUCCUCCUCCAAUUGGUUUAAUGCUGAAUUACUGAAGGGGGUUAAGCGAAACCAGGUGCCGGCGGCGAGGGCUCUGCAGUGGCUCCCAGCACCCGGCACUGUUCCGCACAGCCCGCUCGGCCCCUCCGGAAAACCAAGCCGCUGGGGUCCCACCGCAGUCUGCCUUCCUCGCUUCGCCUCUCCUCCCGCGCAUCUUGGUCAUGCCAGGAUUAAAAAGGAUACUCACAGUUGCCAUCUUGGCACUCUGGCUUCCACACCUUGGGGAUGCACAGCAGCAGUGCACAAAUGGCUUUGACCUGGACCGACAGACAGGGCGGUGUUUAGAUAUUGAUGAAUGCCGGACCAUCCCUGAGGCUUGCCGUGGGGACAUGAUGUGUGUCAACCAGAAUGGCGGGUAUUUGUGCAUCCCUCGAACCAACUCAGUGUAUCGGGGGCCCUACUCAAAUCCCUACUCUACACCCUACUCAGGCCCAUACCCAGCAGCUGCGCCACCAGUACCAGCUUCCAACUACCCCACGAUUUCAAGGCCUCUUGUCUGUCGCUUUGGGUACCAGAUGGAUGAAGGCAACCAGUGUGUAGAUGUGGACGAGUGUGCGACAGACUCACACCAGUGCAACCCCACCCAGAUCUGUAUCAACACGGAAGGAGGGUACACCUGUUCCUGCACUGAUGGGUACUGGCUUCUGGAAGGCCAGUGCCUAGAUAUUGAUGAAUGUCGCUAUGGUUACUGCCAGCAGCUAUGUGCAAAUGUUCCUGGAUCAUAUUCCUGUACGUGCAACCCUGGAUUCACCCUCAAUGAGGAUGGAAGAUCAUGCCAAGAUGUGAACGAGUGUGAGACUGAGAAUCCCUGCGUGCAAACCUGUGUCAACACCUACGGCUCUUUCAUCUGCCGCUGUGACCCCGGAUAUGAACUCGAGGAAGAUGGCAUUCAUUGCAGCGAUAUGGAUGAGUGCAGCUUCUCUGAGUUCCUCUGCCAACAUGAGUGCGUGAACCAGCCUGGCUCAUACUUCUGCUCGUGCCCCCCAGGCUACGUCCUCUUGGAUGACAACCGGAGCUGCCAGGAUAUCAAUGAGUGUGAACACAGAAACCACACAUGCACUCCACUGCAGAGUUGCUACAAUUUACAAGGGGGCUUCAAGUGUAUUGACCCCAUCCGCUGUGAGGAGCCAUAUCUGCUGAUUGGCGAUAACCGCUGUAUGUGUCCUGCUGAGAACACUGGCUGCAGAGACCAGCCCUUUACCAUCUUGUUUCGGGACAUGGACGUAGUAUCAGGACGCUCUGUUCCUGCUGACAUCUUCCAGAUGCAAGCAACAACCCGCUACCCUGGCGCUUAUUAUAUUUUCCAGAUCAAAUCUGGCAAUGAGGGUCGGGAGUUCUACAUGCGGCAAACAGGGCCUAUCAGCGCUACCCUGGUGAUGACACGCCCCAUCAAAGGGCCUCGGGACAUCCAGCUGGACUUGGAGAUGAUCACUGUCAACACUGUCAUCAACUUCAGAGGCAGCUCUGUGAUCCGACUGCGGAUAUAUGUGUCACAGUACCCAUUCUGAGCCUCCAGCUAAGGCCUCUGGCACUCACUGCCUUUCACUAGCACCAAGGGACAGGAGGAGAGAGGAAACCAGGAGAAUGGGAGCGAGACCGACAUUGCACCUUUCCUGCUGAAUAUCUCCCUGGGGCAUCAUCCCAGCAUCCUGACCCCUCCCUGUACUAUUGCCAGCUGUCACUCUGAAGGACACCUUGUUCCCAGGUCCCACGAUGCAGUUAUCCCAAAGUAUUCUCCUUGGCCCCCUGAGGUGAGGUGGCCAGGGACUCUUCAAGCCUUCCAUUUAUUUCCAUCUUUUCUUUCCCCCAGAGAAAGUAGAUUAAGUUUGCUGGGGUUUGAGUCUGUGUUCAAAGACUGAGUGGCUUGCUCCAGCCUGUUCCACUCCUUCCUCCGUCUCUUGCUGCAUUGCUGCUUUGCAAAAGUCCCCAUGGGCUCAUGGGAAAUGCUGGGUAUAGCUAGUUUGCUUCGUGUGUGUGCCGAGAAGGCUCUGGAAACACACCACAGCAGGAUCUAAGGUUUUUUUAAAGAGUCUAUUUUAAAACAACAUCUGAUAUUUUCAGCAUAAAAGAAGGUUUUAAUUGGCCUUAAAAUUUGUAUGACUGUUUAAGAUUUUCAUGUGCAUUUUGAGUUUUUGAAGUGGUAGAGUCCCUUCAAAAGAACUCAGAUAUAUGCUACGUUCUGUCCACCCCCCAACCCCAACCUUCCUUCCAUCUAAGCCCAGUUUUUAUGAAGAUCCCUUAAUCAUGCUUUCUUAAGGAUUUUUACCCAACUGGGUUGGAAGACAGAGGUAUCCAGACUGAUUAAAUAUUUGAAGAAA